AUGUCGUCCCGAGCCUCCUCCGAAGUCGCCUCUGCGCCAGGUGCGCUGGAUGGGACCGGCAUGCUGGUCGAGGGCGACGACGAGACAGCAGGCGUCGGAGGCACACCGCCGGCUUCGCACGAUACAGAUGCACCGUCGUCGCCUGGUUCCUCGUCGGCGUUCGGUGGAGAUGGAAAAUCGAAUAAGGAUGCGAAGGCCAAAGGUCGCUUCACCUGCGAUGCAUGUACGUCGCGAGGCUGGUGGUGGUGGUGGUGGUGCACGUUAAUGCCGCUGCUGCGAGAUGCUAAGCGAUGACCGAGUAGCCAUGGAUCGGCGUCGGUACUGACGUCGGCUUGCGAUCUUGUUGCACAGGCAAGCUGAGGAAAGUAAGGUGCAUCCAAGAAGGACAGAGCUGCGUGCAGUGCUCUCGGCAUGGCAUCCGUACGUCUCUGCAGUGCAAACUCCGGCGAGCGAGUGCGAUCUUGUCGAUGCCGCGCAACUCGAAUCCCGAGCUUGAAUCGAUCGAGCUACCCUCGCUGACUCGGGAACUGCGCUUCGGUAUCGCAUUAUGCAUCAUUUCAUUUCCUCAACAGCCUGUACAUUCACACCACAUGUGCGCAAGAAGAUGGAGCCCCGUGCUGGCAAACGGAUCGUGCUGGCCAAGUCAGUUCCGGCUACGGCACAAGUAGAAGGGCAAGGGCCUGAGGCCGAUGGCGAAUGCUGACGCUAAUUGUGGGUCUUCUCUCGGACGUACGCGUAGAACGGGGGGCACACUCGUCGACUCGGCUGCUGCUCGCGAGCACGGCACGGCGUCGUUGAACACAUCCGCUAGUUCGAACCCGGUGUCGCUUUCUCAGCUCGGCAAGGACGGAGAGCCGCUUUCGCUCGUCGCUCGUCGACUUCAGAACGCAGUAGCAGCUCGUGUCGCCACAUCCAUGUCCAAGGAUACCGGAAUAAGCGCUGAGAACGAGGAAGUGCCUUACCGACAGCCCGCCGCGCUCCCUUUUUCAAGCGUGGUGGCGGCGCAGCGUGCCGAAGCCAUCGCCAGGGAAGCGGCGAGAGAGGCUAGGGAAGCCAUUAGGCUAUAUAACGAAAGUCCUCUGGUUCGCUACUCUGGCGACACGCUCGCCGACCAGCAGCUCAGCACAGCUCUUAUCACCCACCUCAUCGAACGUGAGUAGGCCGCCCGCCAUCUGCAGCGUGCGGCGGAAUUUUCUGACGGGUGUGGAUGUGCCUUCCUCUGGCCUGCGAACAGUGUUCAAGGCGACACCUCAAUACUGGUUGGGCUUGUUCUCUCUUCCGGUCCUCUCCAGCCAAGUGCAAGCCGUCAACGGCCGUUUAUACGACUUGCCUGCUUCGACCCAGGUGCUCGCGCGCUCGGUCAUCGCCCUCACCGCAUGCAUCUCGUCCCACCCUCUACUCUUCACGACCCCAGAAUCAACGCCGUAUUACUAUACCCACUCGUCUCGUAUUCCCUCGUUCGAUAGCAUCAAUCGGAAUAUACCAAGCCUCUUCGGUGAAUCCGAUCUGCGUGAAUUUGGCAAGCGAAGGGCCCACGCGUGCGACAAGUUGAGGGAGCAAGCGAUUGGGCUGGCUUGGGAGUAUGGAGCGCUGGUACAUGGCGGGAGAGAAAACGUUGCGAGUUGUCAUUUGUUGGGGGCACUGAUCGGAGGUGAGCCCACCGCGAGCGGAGCCUUUUGCCCCCCAUACAGGCGAGCCAAGCUGACUGCGGCUUGGGCCUGAUUUCUGAGACCAUGCAGUCACCUCACCAAUGGCAGGGAAACCGUACAGUGUCGCGCACGCCACGCACUUGCGUGAGUUGUGUGUCGAAGGGAUCCCAGAUCCCGAAAUGGAGUGGACUUUCCUAAUUGUAAGCAGCAACCGACCUUCGUCAGCACUUCCACAAGCCUGCGCUCAAUCGAUGCGCAUCUUUCCGCAGCUCCUCGACGCUUUGAACUCGCUCAGCUCGUCAACGAUCUCGAUUUUUGAAGAGACGGAUGAGUCACUGCUCGCAGGAUUGGCUCCCGAACCCCUCGAAAGUAGCGCAUCGGCAGCCGCGGCUCUGGAAUCGGCCGAAGUUUUUGAUCGAUGCCUCUACCCCUUCCUUUACCACGCCACGCAUCUGGCACGAAGAUGUGUUCGCCAAAUUUCGGGGACUCUCGCCCGAUCUCAUUGGCUCGACAAAGCUGUCGUUGCCUCUUAUCUCUCCGAUCUCGAAUUACUAGGCGCACUGCGCUCAAAACUCGACACAACCGCGGAAAGCUUGCUCGGCGACAAGUCCUCAGUGCCUGCUCACGAUGGUGACUCUCAAGUAGAAGUGCUUGCCGCCAUUCGCUUCAUGGUGACGGUAGCUUGGUCCUCUCUCGUUCUACCCCUCUUGCUCAACCUCCAGGCUCGCAUCGACAGCUUCGAAACGUCAAAUGACUCAGGCAAGCAUGCCACCUCGGACACGACCAAACGUAGGGCCGUUGCAGUGGAUCUGUUGGCGGAAGCCUAUCGACGGGUGGGGAUUCGUGCUGGUGCCAUGCUGGCGGAACGAGUGCGUGACGUCCCGUCAUUAGCUUGGCUGACGCCGGGGUUGAUGCCGCUACGCCUCGCCGAGUGGACCAAGCUGCUGAUUCGCCUUCCGGCGGCGCCUGGCGAGGCUCUCGAAGGAGCGCUCGCUGGGGGAUCCUUAUCGGUUGGGGAGAAAGCCGAAAGGCUCGAGUGGCUAUUGAACGGCAUGCGACUCGCCGGAUGGGCGACUGUGAGCUCCGACAUCGAUGAGGCUGUCACCGAGGUAGAGAACUUCUUGAUCGGCCCGCCUGGCGAUGAGCUCCGAGAGGCCACCUUGGACGUUGAAGCGAGCUCGCCCAAUGAAGGGGAAGCAAGCGACGUAGUAUACGAGGCAGAGGGGUCCGAUGGACAAGGGGAUACGAGGCUUCUCAUUUCCGACCACGAUCCGAAACAAGACCCUGAGGCAGUAGACGACGAAGGAAUGCAUGAUGCGUAG